AUGGCCGAUACUACUACAACACAAGAUACGAAACCGCACUACAAGGAAUACACCCGUGAAUCGGACAGGGAAUUCCUUGCGACGGAUGCCUACUGUUGGGAGGUGAUAGAUCGCAAGGUUCGGACGAAUGAGGUUGUGAGUGAGGCGGGGAUCAACACUUUCAUCGAACAUCCAGACAAGCUCGACCCCGCCUCCUGGUGGGUUAUCACUACUCCGAACGUGGGUUACAUCCCCACUGCUCCCAUCGGCAUUCGUCAUAUUCAAGCGAAGGCUGAUGGCCGCUUUGGACUAGACGACCGGACCCUCCACCCCCAGAUGUACGUCAAAGGUUUCGAAUACAUCUGCUGCAUCCCCCAACGCGAUCAGUCUCGCCACAUGUUGUGGUGGACACCCACCCUCGCUGAUUGCCCUAUGAUUCCCAAUUCGCCGUUCUCGAUCUCCAUUUGCGUUCUCAAGCCGGAACUCCUGAACGGGUUCAAGGACCUUCGUGACAAGUAUGUUGGUCUGAUUGGAAAGCGUGAGGGACGCGACCGCUCCCCUCUUGCGGGUCUUUUGGUUACCACAAUGUGUCAAGCGCUUGAUAGGCUGCGAUCGUUCGGCAUGACUUACAAAGAAGUCCUACUUGCAGUAGCGGAAUUCCAGAGAGCUGUCCUUGACAUCCACGCGUGGAUCGAUUUCGUAGACGUCUAUCAACCUCGUCUGUAUCCUGGACCCAACGGCGUGGUGAAGUACGAGGCCAAUCAGGAUUUGAUGGGUGCUGUCACCGAAAAGGUUCAGGUCGCCCAACAACUGCAGGCGAUGGGGAUCCCUGUAUGGCUAAUCCGCCCCUCAUUUCGAAUCCUCCCCACCAUGAAUGUCAACGUCCAAUCUCCCCAGUUACAUUGUAAGAUGAUCGUUCUUGAUCAUUUCAGGGAUUGUGAGGGCAAUUUAGACCCAUACCCUGUUCUGGCGACUGGUCCACCCUCGUCCGAACUUUACAGGUGGACCCAACGUAUAGGCUGCGCAAUUAUGGACCUUCAAAAUGUCACUGCAAUCGGUCAACAGGACUUUAUCGAGGGGAAAGCCAGUAUUGGGGCAGUUCGAGAUGAAUAUUCUAUUCCUGUCCCGUCCGCUGCUGCAUUGUCGUCCGCGGGGAAAGUUGGACCAUCUGCUUAUUUGUUACCAUCCAGUGUCGGACAACAACCCUCAUCGUCCUCGCAAGGUGGAACUCGCUAUUCUAACCUUAGCAUGGGACAACAACCUUCAUCAUCCUCGAAAGUUCUGCUCUCUGUGGCCUCUCACCAGCUGUCCCGACGCUCCUCGGUACCAUCCAACCCACCGGUCAUGCCCAACCCACCGGUCAUGCCCAACCCAACACGCCAUGGUCCUGGACCUUCGAAGCGCCCUCGCAUAGCUGAUGCGAAGGUUGCUGAUGACAAUUCUCCCUUCAUGCCUGUACCCGUACCCACGUGGGCCAAGGCUUUACGAAACAUAGAUACCGAUCCUCGUCGUUUGAAACGUCUUCCGGGGAAUGUGGUAAACAUCGGGUACAGGUAUCCGAAACCAGAUAUCUUCUUGAACUCCAAGAAUCGCGCAUUGUACACUGCUACUUGGCUGGCAGUCCGUGCCCAUCAUGCAUACACACUGGCAACGGGAACCGAGCUACCGCCACCGAUCACUGCCCAACAAUGGCGGAAUUUCCUCAUGCGAAUCAUGCCCUUCCUGGAUGCCGAAGACAUCGAUUAUACAGCUGAUCUUGUAGAUACCACUGCCGUACCGUCGCCUCCCCAGCCUGCCACGAAAGGAAAACAGAAAAAGGCCGGUGCCUCGUCCCGAAAGAAGCAUGUCAAGAAAUCGAACUCGUACCUGGAGGAUAUCCCCUUGGGAAACACCCUGAUCGAUCGGGUCGUCUUUUAUGAUACGACCAUCCAGUUGGGCACAACACAGGAGCUUGAGCAGGCGUUGACGCCAGAGGUCACUCAGGAAAUUCUCUGGGAACUCUGCCACAUGAGUUUCAGGUUUGAACUCUUGAGCCUGGAUGCUCUCCUUGCGGACACAUUGUACCAUGGCCGGUGGGGUGUUACAGAUGCAGCAGCGGCGACGUCUCGCUCCGAGCAACUUCUCCGGGUAUUCCCCAUGUCGGGUGAUGUGCUCGGAUCUUUUAUGAUCAACGAAAUCCCCAAUCGCGACUUGGGUUUGACAUCGUUUGAUCUGGAAGAACGGAACCGUCAUCUUGUGGAGCUCGGGAGGUUGAUGUGUCCCUGGAAGGGUUGCCCGGAUUCAAUUAGGGAUGCUAGCCACUUACCGAUAGAGGCCCAUGUUCAGGCACUGGAAGAAGCAUGUACGAGCUUCUAUUGCCAGUCUUUCUUCGACAACUUCGGUCGCGCACCCAUCAUCCCUUGUCGCCUUCCUCGUCGUUCUCUUGCACGCUCGGAGCCAGUUAGCUUUGCAGAUUCUGUGACGUCCGCCCUGCCCUCUUCAUAA